UGGCGGUGGCGGUGGCGGUGGCGGUGGAGGUGAAGGAGCAGCAGCCACAGUCGGCGGCGGAGACUGUAGCGGAGGAAGGCGCGCGGCCUGGAGGAAGAGGAGGAUGGAGGAGCAGCAGAAGGACUGUGAGGCCGAGGUCACUGAGCCUUGGUUUUCUAAGUGGGAGCGCCAGUGCCUUGCUGAGGCGGAGCAGGAAGAGCAGCUGUCCCCCGAGCUGCAGGAGGAGGCGGCUGCUGAUGCGGCUGGGCUCAAGAUCGAGCGACAGAGGCUCUGGCACCUCUUCCAGAUCUCAGCCACUGCGGUGGCCCAGCUCUACAAAGAUUCCGGGUGCCAACAGCCAGGACUCUCUAUGUGGGACCCCUUCCAGAAUGCGGCCAUGGCCGUGACCAGCCUCUACAAAGAGAGCGGGGAUGCCUACCAGCGAAGUUUUGAGCUGGGAGUCCAGGUUGGCUACCAGCGUCGCGUUAGAGAUGUGCUGGAGUGGGUGAAGAAGGGUAGGAGCAUCAUUCGCCGGGAAGACCUCAUAAGCUUCCUCUGUGGCAAAGUACCCCCCGCCCCUCCCCCGCCACGCACUUCCAGGAUGUCCUCUAGGCCGCCCGCAGCUGCCUCCAGUCAGGCUGCUGCCACUGCGUCCAGCGCGCCCGUGGACGUCGACCUGCAGCCCUUCCACGAGGCCAUCGCCCUCCAUGGCCUCAAUGGCGCCAUGGCAAGCAUCAGUAUGCGAUCUGGCACUCCUGGUUCCCCAUCUCAAGAUGGAGGUAUUGCCAGCAGUGGGCGUCGGAAAAGUACCUUCCUUGAAGACGAUCAGAACCCGUUGGGCCCAGAAGAACUGGCUCUCCUCCUGGACAGUGGGGGAAUCCGCAAGCGUACCUCGGCCCAGUUUGGUGAUACCACCACAGACUCUCCCUCCCACAAGCGCAACCGAAUGGUCUAACUGCCCCCGUGGUUGGCCACCAUCCACCACCUUGUUGCUUGACAGUCAACUUGCCCAUCAACAUGCUUGUUGGAACCAUACUGGAGACUGCUGGUCUUCUUUCUCUUAAGUUAAAGAUUUCUAUCAAGUUUACCAUAAAGAAAAUUUAAAAGUAUUCCAGAAGAGGCUUCCUAUGACUCUGACUUUCAAAAGAUAUAUAAUUCUAUUACAGAACAUCAAAUAUCACAUAGUUAGCAAGAUCAUUUAAACUUUACAGCAAAAUGUAUCCAGUCAGGACAGAAGCCUGGUUUAUCUUAUUCAAGUUGUAUUUCUUAGCACCUAGUACAGUUGUUGGUGCUCAAUAAAUGUUUGUUGAAUGAA